AUGAGCGACGUCGAUAUGGACUCCGAAAUGGCACCGGGACAGUCCUCCAUUGUGGUGCCGAUCAUGACGCACGCGGGAGAAAAGCAAAAUUCUUUGGCGAGAGAUGACCGCGAAGAGCAACCAGGUCGCACGAGGGCCAAGCGAGGAAAGGGUCGUCGCCGUGGUGGCAGAGCUGAACGGAAGGCCCUUGACCCCUUAUCAGGAAAGGCUGUCCACAAUCAGCGCAAAACAACCGACAAGAUCACCAAGGCGCAACACAGGCAGGCCCACCGCGAGCGCUUCUUUGCGCAGCGGAGAGAGCAACGGAAAUUGGACGCUAUGAUCACGGGCCUGGGAGAUCUAGGCCUGGAGAAGAAAGAAGGUACGGAGACAGCCGAGGCCGCCAAGGCGGUCGAAGGUGUCGACUCUGGUAUUCGUCGUCGAGGUGGUCCAAGGAAAGCAAAGGCCGAAGCCAAGAAGGAUAUCCGAGAUGAGGUGAAUGCUCAACAGGAAGAGGCCCAGGCUUACGAAGAGUUCUGCAAGAGGGACGAGCAAGUCCAGCUCGCCGAGUCCCAAUCAUACAUAGAGUUCCGCAAGAAGGAGGAGCAAGAGAAACCUGCCAAGGGCAAGGCAUACAAAGCGUUGCGCAAGAAGCAAGAGCAAGAGAGGAUACUCAAUCUGCAUAAAGCGAAAGCCGCGAGGAAGGGCAUCACGUUGGAACAGUUUUACCAACAAGGAAAAGAGAAGGCAGAGCGGAGGAAAGAGAGACGCCAGCAGAAGAGGCAGCAAGAGCGGAAUGCGAUGAUCGAUGGUCAGGAGCAAGAACCCGUUCUACCUGUAGGUCCGGCGUCCACACCCUCGACUUCGGAUGCUAUGCUUGGAAGUAUGGGCCAGGUGGAUUUCGGAGCGGACAUGGAGUUGUAG